CUGAUCUCACAGAUGAAAAUGACAAACAGGAAGAGACGUCGGCACCAGAAGAAAAGAUCAACACCGACGCAGAAGACAAAGAUGACGAAACUGAGGAGGUGGUGGAAGACAGCGUACGCACCUCUGUGGAUGUUUUAAAAGUGGAAAAUAGACCCGAUGCAAAGGUAGAGGAACCGGAGAUGGUCUGUGUAGAUCCUGUUCCACCGAUAGAAGGAAGGAUUGAGGAACUACAGGCGGUAGGGAUCAACCAGACAGAACCAGAGGAAGAACAACAGGUUGGAGUUAAUGUUCUGACAUUGACGGAUGAAGCCGAAGAGACCAGGGAUAAUAUUACAGAGCCAACGGACCAGGACGAGCGCAAAGAACCAAGCGCUUUGCUGAAAACUGAGACUGUUCAAGUAGUAGCAGUCGAUCCUCCAGAGCUGGAACCUCAGGAUGCAAAAGAUAGACCUUUAGAUCUGGAUUUGGACCAGGUGGAAGAGGCUUUGGAGCUGGAGGAAAGAGGUGAAGCUGAACUAGACCAGGUCACAACAGAGGAUUCAACAAAAGACUCAGAUGAUCCUCAAGAUCAACCUUUAGAGCUCCUCAAUUCUGGAGACAAACUGGAAGAAGAGCAUCUGGGAAAGGCUUCUGUGGAAGAAGAAACACAAGGAGAAGCAGCAGAGGAAGCAGAAGUGGAGGAAGAGGAAGAGCCUGUGACUGUACUGGAUGAUGACGUUGAAGAGAUAGAAGAGAAAAGGAGUGCAGAAGAUGAAGAUCAAAGUCCUGUCGCUGUCACCGCACCUGAGGAAGAAGCUCAGGAAAAGGAUGGAGAACGCCAAGAGCAGGAAGAAGAGAAGGUCAAAGUGGAAAAAGAGAAGGACGAGAAGCAGAUAGAGGUCAAAGAUGAGCAAGAAAAGGCAAAAGAAAACACCGAGGUAGAGUCGUCGAUGAACGGAAAAGUCAAAGAGUUGAAGGAAGCGAUGGAGAACGGGAACAUCAGCGCCGAGCCGCUUCGGAGGGAGUCCUGGGGCGCGACGAGAGCGCCCAGGAGAAAAGAUAACGACUGGAUUAAAAAAGACCAAGAAGACGAAGACAAGGUCCCGGAAAUGAAGGACUGGAGGAAAGAACUGAGGCCCGUGAAAAAAGAGGGGUGGGAAUGUGAGAGGGGGGGGCGAAAGGACGACUGGAUUAAAGAGCUGAAGUCUGUGAUCAAAGACGAGUCGGCGUCCAAGAGGAGGGACGAGCAGGUGAAGAAGAAACGAGUGGUGCUGCUGGAGGACGGACGCUCCUACGUACCGCAGAGGGAGGAGAUGAUGGAGGAGGUGAAGCUGAUCUCCCACCGCAGGGCGGAGACGCCGUUCCCCCCCCAGAGGAACAACACGUCUGAGCAGCAGGACUACAAGGUCUCACUGUACGUCAAGGCUGGAAGCGACGGCGAGAGCAUCGGAAACUGUCCGUUCUCUCAGAGACUGUUCAUGAUCCUGUGGCUGAAGGGGGUGAUCUUCAACGUCACAACUGUCGACCUGAAACGUAAACCAGCGGACCUGCAGGCCUUGGCUCCAGGGGUCAACCCUCCGUUCGUCACCUUUAACGGGGAGGUCAAGGUCGACGUCAACAAGAUCGAAGAAUUCCUGGAGGAGAAGCUGACUCCGCCUCGUUACCCCAGACUGGCCCCCAGACACCCUGAGGCCAACAGCGCCGGCAUCGACGUGUUCGCCAAGUUCUCUGCAUACGUCAAGAACCACCGCAAGGACACCAACCAGGCCUUAGAAAAAGCUCUGGUCAAGUCUCUGCGUCGUCUGGAUGACUUCCUCAGAACCCCUCUGCCCGACGAGAUCGACGGGGACGCCACCGGAGACCUGCCCGAGUCCACCAGGAGUUUCCUGGACGGAUCUGAGCUGAGCCUGGCCGACUGUAACCUGCUGCCCAAACUGCACAUCCUGAAGGUCGUAGCAAAGAAGUACCGCGGCUUCGAGAUCCCAGCGGAGAUGACGGGGCUGUGGCGGUAUCUAAACUCCGCCUACAAGAGGGAGGAGUUCACCAACACCUGCCCCGCUGACAGGGAGAUUGAGUUUGCAUACCUGGAUGUUGCAAAGCGCAUCAAAUAGGGGGAGGGGCUUAAAAUGACAGGAUGAAUAAUUAGAACUAAAACAUCUAUUAGCAUCAUAUCGUUAGCCUCAUAGCAUAAAUAGCAUGUGGACAAAAGUAAUGGGACACGAUGAAU